UCCGUGAUUCGAUACUUGAUGAGCAAGGCUGAUGCCAAGCCUAGGCUCAUACGAUGGAUCUUACUGCUGCAGGAGUUUGAUAUUGAGAUUCGGGACAAGAAGGGAGCAGAGAAUGUUGCUGCCGAUCACCUCUCCCGGUUGGACGCACCCCCUGCGGACAACCUCGAGGAGGAGAUCAAUGACUCUUUUCCAGAUGAGAGACUUAUGAUGAUGUGCCUGGUGGAGAGUGUCACCCCCUGGUAUUCUGAUUUUGCAAAUUAUCUUGUGGGCCAGCAGCUGCCCAAGGGGAUGACAACUCACGCCAAGAGGAAGUUUUUCUCCGACCUGAAGUACUAUUUCUGGGAUGACCCUCAUCUCUUCAGGAUCGGAGCCGACGGGAUCAUCCGUCGAUGUGUUAUGGAGAGUGAGAUGAAGGGCAUUCUAUCUCACUGUCAUGAAGGACCUGCUGGCGGUCACCACGGAGGAAACCGCACGGCGAGGAAGGUGCUCCAGUCGGGCUUCUACUGGCCCACGCUCUUCAAGGACGCAGACGCCUUCGCACGCAGGUGCGACCGAUGCCAGAGGUCAGGUAACAUCUCUGCCCGUGAUGAGAUGCCCCAGAAUGUGUUUAUUACUUGUGAGAUUUUUUAUGUCUGGGGUAUCGACUUCAUGGGCCCCUUCCCUCCAUCCUUUGGUAAUACAUAUAUCCUUGUUGCUGUUGACUACGUCUCUAGGUGGGCCGAGGCGCAAGCUUUGCCCACUAAUGAUGCUAUACGUGUUUGUGUUUUUUUGAAGCAGCUAUUCUCCCGGUUCGGGACACCUAGAGCCAUCAUAAGCGACCGAGGCACCCAUUUCCAGGGUCAGUUCGAUAAAUUGUUGUCUCGCUAUGGUGUAACUCAUAAGGUGUCCAUGGCCUAUCAUCCUCAAACCAGUGGCCAGGCCGAGCUGACGAACCGGGAGCUCAAGCGGAUCUUGGAGAAGACGGUGAACCUAUCCCGCAAGGAUUGGUCCACCAAGCUCGAUGAUGCUCUGUGGGCAUAUCGCACUGCCUACAAGACGCCCAUUGGUACCUCACCGUACCGGCUUGUCUAUGGAAAGGCAUGCCAUUUGCCCGUGGAGCUAGAGCACAAGGCCUUCUGGGCCCUUAAGCUGCUAAACUUGGAUGUUAGUGUUGCAGGUGUUGAGCGAAAAAUACAGAUGUUGGAGCUGGAAGAGUGGCGUUAUCACGCCUAUGAGAACACCAAGCUGUACAAGGAGCGCACGAAGUGCCUACACGAUGCACGGUUGCGGGGUCCGAAAGAGUUCCAGGUUGGUGAUCGAGUUCUCCUUUAUAACUCUCGCCUGAAACUCUUUCCUGGAAAACUCCGUUCCCGGUGGUCUGGACCGUAUACGGUCACGCAGGUGUUCCCGUAUGGCACAAUUGAGAUUGCUAACCCGCAAACUGAGCCGUUUAAAGUGAAUGGCCAUCGUCUCAAGCUCUACCUGGGAGACGAGGUCGAAUGUGCGGAGUUAGCAGUGGAGCUCGCGGACCCUUAGUUCCGCAAUUGGCGUCCAGCUAAAAGACGGUAAAGAAGCGCUUGUGGGGAGGCAACCCCACCACGGUUUGCAUUUCUACCUUGGUUUUUAUUUAUUUAUUUCAACUUUGUCGGUUUUUGAGUCGUUGAGUCAGUUUGGAGUCAGUCUGGAAAGUUUUUCGUGCCUCGGGCGGUUCGUUUUGAUGUGUGAUUGGUUAAAUUUUAGAGCCGGGGCACGAAUGAAUCAUGGUGGUUUGCGAUUGAAAAUUAAAAAAAUUGCAUUUCAGGCUCGGCACUAAAAACACGGGCAGUAGGGGGUUAAAACACGGCCGUGUUUCGCCCUGUACCUGCCCGUGUAAUGUCUUUUGCUCUCGGCAUAAAAAACACGGGCACUGGGC